GCUGGACUGGGAAUGCAGCAGGAGGUGGAGGGAGGCAGGGCUAUUUAAGCCCAGGCUGAGGGCUGGCUGGCUGGCAACCCCAGUAGCCUGUCCUGUGAGCUGCCUCCAGCAUGGAUGACAUCUACAAAGCUGCGGUAGAACAAUUGACAGAAGAGCAGAAGAAUGAGUUCAAAGCUGCCUUUGACAUCUUUGUCCUGGGUGCGGAGGAUGGCUGCAUCAGCACCAAGGAGCUGGGCAAGGUGAUGAGGAUGCUGGGCCAGAACCCCACACCAGAGGAGCUGCAGGAAAUGAUUGAUGAAGUGGAUGAAGACGGCAGCGGCACAGUGGACUUCGAUGAGUUCCUUGUCAUGAUGGUUCGGUGCAUGAAGGAUGACAGCAAAGGGAAGUCUGAGGAGGAGUUGUCGGAUCUCUUCCGAAUGUUUGACAAAAAUGCUGAUGGCUACAUUGACUUGGAUGAACUGAAGAUGAUGCUGCAGGCUACAGGGGAGACAAUUACAGAAGAUGACAUUGAAGAGCUCAUGAAGGAUGGUGACAAAAACAAUGAUGGCCGAAUUGACUAUGAUGAGUUCCUGGAAUUCAUGAAGGGUGUGGAGUAGACACCAGCUGCACAGAGUUGCCCACGCCUGUCCUCCCUCUCUAGACAGACCCAGUGGUAGGGAUGUAACUAGGUUCUCUAGACUCUGAACCUGGUUGUGUCCUUUAACCUUGUCCCCAACCCCCUGCCCUGCCUCAUUCCUGUCCUGAGGAGUGCAAAUAAAUCCUUACUCCCCAGAGGCUGG